AUGGAUCCUCCUGCGCGCUUUGUGCACGCUCUCCGGAACCCAGCUGUCGCCGCCCCAUCUGAGGGCGCACAUUUUCAGGCUGCCCACCAGCUGGGUCGCUUCGGUAGCCGCUGCCCUGGCAGUGUCCGGCCCCAGUUGCCCCCCAAAAUGCCAGUCGACUUCACCGGGUACUGGAAGAUGCUGGCCAACGAGAAUUUCGAGGAGUACCUGCGCGCGCUCGAUGUCAACGUGGCCUCGCACAAAACCGCCAACUUGCUAAAGCCAGACAGAGAGAUCGUGCAGGAUGGCGACCACGUGAUCAUCCGGACGCUGAGCACUUUCAGGAACUACAUCCUGGACUUCCAGGUUGGGAAGGAGUUUGAGGAGGAGCUAACAGGCACAGAUGACCUCAAGUGCAUGACCAGGGUGAGCUGGGACGGGGACAAGCUCGAGUGUGAGCGGAAGGGUGAGGAGGAGGGACGAGCUGCACCUGGAGGACACCUGCUGAAGCCGCUGCUCAGAGCACAGCCUAGAGAACGGGAGACACCCCCAGGCGCCUCAGCAGGAACAGGUGCCACACCAGCUCCUGGCUCUGCCUGCUCCCGGGACCGGAGGGCCAGCACCUGCCCCGCCCACUGUGCCUCCGUCUGGAACCUGUGA